AUGCUUGGAAAGGAAGAACUCCCUGUUCUCCGAUGGGGUAUUGUCGGAUGCGGCUUAAUCUCUUCAUGGUUCGUCUCUGAUCUGUGUCUGGAGCGACUGGAUGCCACCACGAGACACAUCGUCCAGGCUGUUGGGUCUUCUUCCACAGAGAAAGGGUCGGCGUUUGUUUCCAGCCAUUGCCCUUCGCAACAACCUGCCGUUUAUGAUUCGUAUGAUGCGGUCUACAACGACACCAACGUCGAUAUUGUCUACAUUGGCACGCCUCACGUCAUGCACUGCCAGAAUGCUCUAGAUGCUAUUGCUGCAGGGAAGCAUGUUCUCUGCGAAAAGCCUAUUGCCAUCAACACCCCGGACGCAAAGAAGAUAAUUGACGCCGCUCGUGAGAAGAAUGUUUUCCUGAUGGAAGCGGUUUGGACGCGCUUCUUCCCCAUUGCAAAAAAGCUUCAGUCACUCUUGCACGAGGACAAGGUCAUUGGCGAAAUUGCUUCUGUCUUUGUCGACUUUGGGCUCUACAUGCCCAUCGCUGAGGCUGACCUGACCCGCCGCACUGCAAGUCGAGACCUCGGCGCAGGUGCCCUUCUGGACAUUGGCAUCUAUACCCUCACUUGGGCAUCCUUGGCUCUGGACACGUCUCCGAAUCGCCUAGCCAAUACCAACCCUAGCAUCAAGGCCAGCAUGAUAUUCGGUAGCGAGAUGGACCUGGACAAAAAAGUCGAUGAGCUGACGUCCGUAAUUCUCCAGUACCCGGAUCUGAAAGCCCAUGCAAUUUGUACUUCUUCUUUGCUGUACAAGACUGGAGAAGAGUUUGCUUGUGUGAUAGGCUCCAAAGGCUCCAUUGCUAUCGGAGGACCUGGAACAUCCAAACCAGACUACUUGGUAGUGCGGCUCAAUGGCGAAGAGGAUCAGCGAUUGGAGUUUAAAGUUCCUGGUUGGGGCUUCCACUACGAGGCUGAUGCUGUUGCGGAGGAUAUUAGAGCAGGGAGGUUGGAGAACGACACUUGCUCCCAGCACACCACCCUCACGAUCAUGUCCCGCAUGGAUGAUGCGCGGGCCCAGUGCGGCUUGGUGUAUCCCCAAGAGGAAUAG